GUCACAAAACCCCUGCGCACAAUUAUAAAAGGCCAUGGUCACUUUGAACGGUUCUACAGCAGAAAGCAAAGAUGAAGUGUCUUUUGGUCUUGAUUGCUCUGUCUGUGGCUGCUUUUGCCAAGGAAAACUUUGUGGGACACCAGGUCCUUCGAAUCACCCCAAAAAAUGAGGCCGAGGUUAUUCUCCUAAAGGAACUCUCACAGCUGGAGCACCUUGAGCUGGACUUCUGGAGGGAGCCCAUUGAUGUGUCUCUGCCUGUAGAUGCACGUGUUCCAUUCCACAGUCUGCAGCCUGUCAGGUCCUUCCUGGCAUACAAUGAGAUCCACUAUGAUAUUAUGAUUGCAGACCUUCAGGAUCUUCUGGAUGCAGAACAGCAGGAGAUGACGAAAUCUCGUGCUCUUCAGCCCAGAUCCACUGAUGACUUCAACUAUGCCACCUACCACACCCUGAGUGAGAUCAACAGCUUCAUUGAUGCGCUCGUACAGGAGAACCCAAAUUUGGUUAGCAAAAUUGUGAUUGGCCAGAGCUAUGAGGGCCGUCCUCUAAAUGUUCUGAAGUUUAGCACUGGUGCUAACCGACCUGGUAUCUGGAUCGACACUGGCAUCCACUCCAGAGAAUGGGUCACCCAGGCCAGCGGAACCUGGUUUGCCAAGAAGAUUGCAACUGACUAUGGACGUGAUGCUGCUCUUACUGCCAUCCUUGACAGGUUUGACAUUUUCCUGGAGAUCGUCACCAACCCUGAUGGAUUUCAGUUCACCCACACCUCUAACCGCAUGUGGCGCAAGACAAGAAAGCCCAACUCUGGAUCCCGUUGUGCUGGAGUUGACCCCAACAGAAACUGGGAUGCUGGCUUUGGAGGUGCUGGCUCCAGUAGCAACCCUUGCUCUGAGACGUACCGUGGAACUUAUGCUCACUCAGAGCCUGAAGUCAAGGCCAUUGUGGACUUUGUGACAUCUCAUGGCAACCUGAAAGCCUUUGUGUCCAUCCACAGCUACUCUCAAAUGUUGCUGUACCCCUACGGCUACACCAAGACUCCUUGCAGGGACCAGGCAGAGCUGCAUGAAGUUGCACAGAGGGCAGUUGCUGCCUUGACGAGCCUGUAUGGCACUAAGUACGCAUAUGGCAGCAUCAUCAAUGUCAUUUACCAAGCUAGUGGCGGCACCAUUGACUGGACUUACGACCAAGGCAUCAAGUACUCCUACACCUUUGAGCUGAGAGAUACCGGUCGCUAUGGUUUCAUCCUCCCUGCUAAUCAGAUCGUCCCCACUGCUCAGGAGACGUGGCAGGCCCUCAUGGUCAUCAUGGACCAUACCAAGAACAACCCCUAUUGAACCAACAGUUGGGUUGAAUGUUGAUGGGUCAUUUAACAAGGAAACAUAAUAGCUUUGGGCCCACAGAAGAUCCAUCUCAUCUUGUUAAAAGAGUUAAAUAAACUGCUCAAUCAA